UAUAAAGAGCCUUGGGACUCGGGUCUAUCUGUCUCAAGGCUCAGGAUUAGAAUCCAUCGGUUUAGAUACUAUCCAUUUGAUUGUUUUCUCCUCGACGAUCACAUACUUUUCACUAUUGUUUUCUUUGUUCAUAUAGAUUCCAGCAGCAAGGUAUCACGAGGUCAUGUUAGAAAAACGGUCACCAUACCAGGAGGGCAGCCUCUGGUAUUAUGCGCCGAAUAAGGGCGCACCCAUCGCAUUCGCAAUACUUUUCGUGAUAUCAGGCGUUAUCCAUGGUUAUCAAUGCAACAAGUACAAGUCAUGGAAGGUGACUGGCCUGUUACCGUGGUCAGCAUUACUUUUUACCGUCGGGUUUAUCUUGCGCACGAUUGGCGCUUUCGGAGAGUGGGACAACCUGAACAUCUACAUCGCCGGUUCAGUAUUUUUGCUUGCAGCGCCGCCGGUCUACGAGAGCGCAAACUUCCUCACUCUGGGCCGCAUUCUGUAUUACAUCCCAUACCAUGCACCAAUCCACCCCGGCCGUGUGUUUACCACCUUCGUGGCCCUAGCCAUCGUGAUCGAGGUCAUCACAGCAAACGGCGCAGCACGUGUGGCGAACAUGGGCAGCUCGGAGAGUUCCAAAGAUACAGGAAAGGCAUUGCUCAAAGCCGCCUUGAUUCUCCAACUGGCGCUCAUGGCCGGGUUUGUUGCCCUGGCCGGCAAGUUCUACUUCAACUGCCGCCGCGCAGGUGUUUUGAACAGCAAAGUCAAGCGCGCUCUAUCCGUGCUGCUCGCCAGCUGCACGCUUAUCACCAUCCGCACUAUCUAUCGAACUGUUGAGUACUUCAUGACGGCCACCAUCGAUGUCAAGAACAUCAACCCGAUCAUGAAGAACGAGUGGUUCUUCUGGGUCUUUGAGACUGCGAUUAUGUUCUCAAAUACCACGAUGCUGAAUCUCCUCCAUCCGAUGCAGUGGCUCCCCCGCUCGAACAAGGUAUACCUUGCGAGAGACGGGGUGACGGAGUUAGUGGGGCCUGGAUACGAGGAUAAACGCCCUUUCCUUCAGACAUUUUUCGAUCCAUUUGAUGUGGUCGGCCUUGUCACGAAAAAGGGGAAGAAAGACAAGUUCUGGGAAGAUGAGCAGCCCCUUGGGAGUUCUAGCCCGACCCAGGUAUGAAAGUGGGCAGGGACUUGGCUUGACAUUAUACUAUUCGCGAUGAACGACCUUUUCACUGUCUUUGUGUCUUUUUUUCUCUUUUCUUUUUUUUUUUUGUUUUAUGAAGUAUAAGACAGCGAUAUAUGUGUUUAAUGAUAGAAUUAGAUUUCCAAU